UACACAAAACCUGCAAUCCUCGCCUCAAAAUGGGUCCCGGUUCUGGUGAAAACAAGGACGAUAGGACGUUAUGGGUUGGAAAUUUAGAUACUAAAGUCACCGAAGACGUAUUGUAUGAGCUGUUUGUUCAGGCUGGUCCGCUAAUUGAUGUAAAGAUAGCGAAAGAUAAAGAAGGUAAUCGUCGUAAUUAUGCAUUCGUUGAAUUCAAACACGACGUCUCAAUACCAUAUACAAUACAGCUGAUGAACGGGAUUCGGGUGUACGAUCGACCACUGAAAAUACAAUGUCGGCCGAAUAGUAAGCACGAUUUUGCACAGAACAUGGGACGAAACAGUCCUCAACAACAGGACGGGUAUGGAAGUCGGCAGCAAACACCGAAUACUAGCGGCAAUGCAGGAAUUCUACCAUCACCGCAUAUGCAAAUGCAAAUGCCACCAGAACAUUCUUCGUUUCACCGAUCACAUUCUAUGCCGGCGAAUCUUUCAACGUUUGCUAGUCAGAGAUCGAUGCAGCAGCCAAGUCACUAUCAACAUCGACAACAGUACAGGUCAGAUCAGCGCCAACAUUUCCGACAACAGUUUCAAGGCUCCGCAACAGAUAUGGGUUAUCAGUCACAACAAAGAAGACCUAUGACUCCAUCACAGGUUAUCGCUAUGAAUCAACAACAAUACCGACCACCAAAUAUACCCCAGCAACCAUGGCAACCAUCCAGUCAACGAGGACAUUAUGGUUAUCGAUAAAUGAUAUAAUUUUCUGUCACAUAUUCAUUAAAUUCUUGUUUAAUUUUCUUUUUACGUUAAAUAAUUGAUUUAACAGUUUUGAUCAACACUGCCUUGCUUCAUAGUUUAUGCUUGAUUUCAACACGUCUUGGUGUUAUCUCUGUGUCCACCAUAAAUGUAAACAUGAACAAAAAAGGGUCUUCCUUUUGUCAUCUGUUUGUCAUAGCAGAAUUAAAAAAAAAAAUAAUUGUUUUUUCAAUCGAGUACAAUGUAAGAUAUAUUAUAUCUGCAUUUUGAGUUGGAUUCCAAUUUUGUGUGAUGGGCAAGCAUCAAAAAGGUUUUGAAUUUUGCACAGUUCAUGAGAAAUCUUUUUCAAAACAAUUUCUGAAAUCAGAUUUAGAAAAAGUUCAUAUACCGGCAGAGAUCUUUUUAAAUAAGGAAACAGGCACAGCGCCCUCAUGCCAUGGCCAUGCGCCCCCUUACCCUGGGGACCAGUCUUCAACUGUGACCUGUCUGAUAGUAAUUUUGGCCCCAAGGAAGCCAUAGAAUGCUCCAUUUUAAUUUAGAAUUAUCAAAAACUCCACACCCUGGUAGGGAAAACUAUCUCCGCCACUUGGUGGCGCCGCUAAAUUGCAGUGCUCUUUCUUGCAGUUUUAUAUAAUUAUUCCAGAAAAAAACCUGACCUGAUAAGACACAUAAAGUGCCUUGAGUGAUUACAACAAUAAAAAUUAUGUUUCAUUUGGUGGUUAGACUGUGACUUUCAGUACAGGCUAGCUUCAGUGCAUCAAUAUUUCAGGAUUUGUUGUCAUGCCAACACAUUUUCUCAUUUUUAUGGGAUCACAGUAAUCAGGGGGAUUGUAACUUCAAGAAACAGAGAUCUCAAAGUCAUAGAUCUCAAAGUCAUCUUUUAAUGCAGGUCCAAUGCAUACAAAUACUGUAAAAUACUUUAUUUUAGCUGGAAUUAAUUUUCGCUGAAAAGACUUUUUGGGCGUUUUGUAUGGAAUUUAUUUUUACUGAAUCAUUCCUUCAGCGAAAAUAGCGAAAAUUAAUUCCAAGCGAAAAUAAAGUAUUUUACAGUACAUUGUUUGCUUUUAAUUUUACCUAUUAAGCUACCCAUACCUUGUAUUUUCUCAUUUCAAGAUGUAUCCUCUGUAGUUAGUUCAACAGAAAAAUCAGUUACAAUGAGUUUGUUGCUGCUCUAGCUACAUCAAAACCUAGAUUCUCUUUUUAGUCUUUU